AUGCUACACCUGUUGGGAAGUUCGAAGGAGAUUGCCUUUCUAAGACUCUUCGCUCUCGAACGUCACCUGCAAACCAACUCCGAACCGAUGGGAGCAUACUCGGCUUUUAUCGAAGAAUAUCAUCAAUUGAACUAUAUGCGAGAAAUUGGCGAAGAAGAAAUUUCUGCUAGUUGUCUUUCGUACUAUCUCCCGCACCACGCCGUGGAGAAAGCAGACAGUACAAUCACGAAGCUUCGAGUAGUCUUCGACGCUUCGUGUUCUACUGAUAGUGGGAUCUCGCUGAAUCAAGUACUGAGUGUAGGCCCAGUCAUUCAAGAUGAGCUGUGUGCAAUCAUUCUGCGGUUACGAAGCAUCGCUUCGUUGUUAUUGCUGACAUCGAGAAAAAUGUUUCGGAAAAUUCGAGUCCAUUCCGCUGAUUACCCGCUACAGCGAGUUCCCUGGCGUAGCUCGCCGUACCUUUGA